AUGGAAAAUCCAGAGUACGGUUAUCUCUACAUGUUGACCACCCAGCACCCAAGUGUUAACAGUGAUUGGGGUUCUUUAUCUUCCGCAUCGAGUUACGACAGUUAUUCGGAGGAAAAUUAUCAACAAAACUGCGUUAGUCCGGACAACAUCGAAAGGUCCAAGACCAGGGUAACACCCGUAGUGCUUCGCAAAAGACGUUUGGCAGCCAACGCCAGGGAGCGCAGAAGGAUGCAGAACCUAAACCAAGCCUUCGAUAGGCUUAGGACGUUCCUACCUCAACUAGGACAAGACAGACAAUUGUCCAAAUACGAAACUCUUCAGAUGGCGCAGACCUACAUCACGGCGCUCUACGAUCUCCUAGAUGCGCGACCACAACACUAG